UUGGAGAAGGGAAGACUCGGGAAGGACGUAGGAAAGUUCAACAUGGCCUUGGCGCUUUACAUAGCUGGUGUGGUCCGGUGUGACCAUCGUGAUCAGGGAGAAGGCAUAGAGCACAGAUACGAAUACACGGAGAGACUUUUACAAGGGGUGUCGUCAAAGGGGCCUCAGGGUCAGUCAACUGAAGACAGGGGGAUGGAUACACCUGCAAAUGUGGCAGAAAAGUUUCAAGACCUCGACAGGAAAUGGGCUGCCGGUGGUAACACAGACUCUGUGCUGGUUGGAUACGCACAGUUGUUGGUAGAGGGAAUAGUAAACGACAACAGUAUGCUUGAAACAGAAGCGAUGAAAAGUCUCGGUGACGUGUACCUGAAAAGAGGAACAGAAACUAGAAACACAAGAGACUUGACCAGAGCUUCUGCUCUGUACAAUAAGGCACUGGCACGGUGUCACAACGUACAGGGAACAGAUGCCCUUGUCCACCGCUUACUGCACACCGCAAAAAUCAGACAAAUCAUCACAACUAAAAACAAGAGGUCAGCACGUACGCAGCGACAACAUGACGUGAGAGAACGGAAGGACCACCUCUCAGCUGCGCCCUCUAGCGACAACAUCAAUGACGAAAUGCGCCGUCCACACAUGUAG